AGAUGGCGGAGGAGGAGGCCGGGUUGUGACCCAUGGUGGCUCCCGAGUGAGGAGGGGAGCGGGGAAGUCGGGUCGGGGCCAUGGAGCACAUCACCACCCCGAAGGUAGAAAAUGUCAAAUUACUAGAUCGUUAUACCAAUAGGAAGCCAGCAAAUGGGACGUUAUACCUGACAGCUACCCAUCUGAUCUAUGUGGAUGCUUCAGCUGAAGUCCGAAAAGAAACGUGGAUUCUACAUCAUCAUAUAGCUACUGUGGAGAAGUUGCCUCUGACCACAUCUGGAUGCCCAUUGCUUAUUCACUGCAAGAACUUCCGUGUGGCACACUUCGUCAUUGGACAUGAACGGGAUUGCCAUGAAGUGUAUACAUCCUUGCUUAAACUUUCACAGCCAGUGAAACCUGAAGAACUUUAUGCAUUUUCUUAUAACCCCAAAAUGCCAAAAGAUAACCGGGAGAUUGGAUGGAAGCUGAUUGAUUUAAAAGUAGAUUAUCAGCGUAUGGGAAUUCCAAAUGACUUCUGGGAAAUAACGGAUGCUAAUAAAGACUAUGAGGUCUGCAACACGUACCCUCCAGAAAUAGUGGUGCCAAAGGCUGCUAAUAAAGCAACUGUGCUUGGAAGUUCAAAGUUCAGAAGCAGAGGGCGCAUCCCAGUGCUUUCCUAUCUUUACAAAGAAAACAAUGCUGCCAUAUGUCGCUGUAGCCAGCCUCUCUCUGGGUUCAGUGCUCGCUGUCUGGAGGAUGAACAGAUGCUGCAGGCAAUUAGACAAGCCAACCCGGGGAGUCCCUUCAUGUAUGUUGUAGACACAAGGCCAAAGUUAAAUGCCAUGGCAAACCGAGCUGCUGGUAAGGGUUAUGAGAAUGAAGAUAACUAUGACAACAUUCGCUUUAAAUUCAUCGGCAUAGAGAACAUCCACGUGAUGCGGAGCAGCUUGCAGAAACUCUUGGAAGUGUGUGAAACAAAAUCUCCCUCAAUGAGUGACUUCCUUACUGGCCUGGAGAACUCGGGCUGGUUACGGCACAUUAAAGCUGUAAUGGAUGCUGGAGUCUUUCUUGCUAAGGCAGUGAAAGAAGAAAAAGCCAGUGUCUUAGUCCACUGCUCAGAUGGGUGGGAUCGUACAGCUCAAGUCUGUUCACUGGCUAGCCUCCUCUUAGAUCCGUUUUAUAGAACAUUUAAAGGACUCAUGGUUCUAAUAGAAAAGGAAUGGAUUGCAAUGGGCCACAAGUUCUCACACAGGUGUGGCCAUCUGGAUGGUGACCUAAAGGAAGUGUCCCCUGUCUUCACUCAGUUCACUGAAUGUGUCUGGCAGCUCAUGCAGCAGUUUCCCUGUGCAUUUGAAUUCAAUGAGCGGUUCCUUCUCGAAAUCCAUGACCACGUCUACUCCUGCCAGUUUGGCAACUUCCUUGGGACUUGCCAUAGGGAACGGGAGGCUCUGAAGAUUUUUGAGAAGACCCAUUCCCUGUGGCCUUUCCUAUUACAGAAGAAGCAGGAGUUCAGGAAUCCUCUGUAUAAGGGAUUCACAGCUUACAAGGAGCUUAAGCCAAACACUCUACCUUUCAGUUUCCAGUUCUGGUGUGGAAUGUAUAACCGCUUUGACAAAGGGAUGCAUCCAAAGCAGUGUGUGUUGGACCAUCUCCUCAACUGCAUGAGCCAGAAGAUGAAGUUGGAGGACAAUGCAACUGACCUGGAAAACAAGCUGCCCUUCCUAGAUGGUCCCCUGCCAGAUGAAGUUUGCUCCUUAUCUAAAAUUGUAAAUGCCUCAGUUGAGUCUUCGAAAACCCCAAUGCUGAACACUCCCCAGGAUUACGAAAGUGAACCACCUGCUCUGUUGACCAAUGGUGCCAUAGUGGAGGAAGUCGACAUCAUGCCUGAUCAGGACCAAAAGAAUAAAGAGAACUUUGUUAAUCAUCAUGACCUUCCUGACCUUCACAGCACCAUGGAAGUUAUAGAAUCAGACGCUAAAAAAGAAAAGCUGCAGUACCAGUGA